AGGGACGAGCCGAAUUGAUGGCGAAAUACGCGAAAGAUGAUAUGGCAGUGCUAUGUUGUAGUAGAGGCCUAAUAUAUUUAAGUAAAGACAACUCACUGAUUAUAAGUACCUUCUACCUUUUAACUUCGUCGCUUGGAUAGUGUGGGUUACCCCUUCACUGGUUGUAUUCAUAAGUACGACAACCAAGAAAAGCAACGUUUCUCCGAGGAGAAAAAUACUGUAAGUAGAUCAAACAAAUGAGGAAUUUUCAACUUUGUUUGACCUUGACGCAUCUCUUCUAAGCAACAAGAGAAGCCAGAGGAGCCUCCGCCGCCACCGCCACCUGAAACGAUCGAGCUUUCCGAUGAAGAAUUGAAAAAGGAGUUGUUGCGCACUGGCAUCGACUUGUCAAAAGAUGUGGAAGACCAACCCAUGCCGUUGGAAGCGGAUGUGCCAGAAGCUCAGCUCAGAGGCGAAGUACCACCACUUACCAGUAUAGAGGCAGGAAUCAGAAAAAGGCGUAGGCGAGAAAGGAAAGCUGGAGCAGGUGUUCCUGAACUCGAAUACGUGCCUACACGUGAACCAGACGUACAGGAUAGGCUAGAUAUGCUGGAAGAAGCCUUAGAUGCGACUGUCCAAGGCAGAAAUGCACGCAUGAUACCACCAGCUGUGUCCGAAAAACAACGACGUUUACGAAGAUGUAAUUAGUCAAAGGAAUAGAGUGCAAAAUUAUCUUCAACAGGAAGAUCACCUACAAUCAAGGACAACUCAAGAAGAAAUCUACGAAUUCUUUCACAUGCAACAGAGGUGGUGGUGGGACUUAUUGAGAAAUAAGAUUUCUACUCGUAUGACGAGGACUAGAUAUCAUCUCUUUAGGCAGUGAGUCUUCUCCCCCCGCGCACGACUUUCAUUCUCGAUCUUGGAGGAGAUCGAGCAGAAGCCUCGUAUUGAGCAGGACCACCAUCGCUUUAUGGAGAAUGUAAGGCGAUCUCAGCCUUAUCCUGCGCGCGACGUGCUGAAGCCACCAAGACAACCGCCAAAGCCGCCGAUGAAAGUCGUAGAAGUUUUCGAACCUAAUGCUGCGGGAGGCACUACUGCGAAGAAUAGUGAAGAGGAAUUGGAGGGCCUCGGGAAGGCCAUUGAGGAGCUGGACGACCGAAUUGAGACAGGUGCCGCUAGAAAGCGGGAAGUGCUAGCACAGCUUGAGGCCAAACGCCAAGAACAAGAAGACACAAGUUUUUUUUGAUGAAGGCAAGUUGUAUUACGAGAGAAUCGCGAUGGAAGGAUAUGAUCGUUGAGCACAUCAGUGGUGCAUAUUCGAGAUCAUCUUGGCCUCUGUUGUUGCGCUCAUCUGAUUUCUGAUUAAUAAGUAGCGCAACCAUGAUAUGAAUCUCGAAGAGUGAAAUUUUGGAG